CGGGCGGCGCCGUGCGGCGGGCGGCCUCGCGGUGCCUAGGCGCGGGGGGCCGGCCUGGAUCGCUCAGUCGCGCGGAGCCGGGCCCAGGAACGGAGGCGGCGGCAGGAUGAAUAGCAUCAAGAACGUGCCGGCGCGGGUGCUGAGCCGCAGGCCUGGCCACAGCCUGGAGGCCGAGCGCGAGCAGUUCGACAAGACCCAGGCCAUCAGCAUCAGCAAAGCCAUCAACACCCAGGAGGCCCCCGUGAAGGAGAAGCAUGCCCGGCGCAUCAUCCUGGGCACUCACCACGAGAAGGGGGCCUUCACCUUCUGGUCCUACGCCAUCGGGCUGCCUCUUCCCAGCAGCUCCAUCCUCAGCUGGAAGUUCUGCCACGUCCUCCACAAGGUCCUUCGAGACGGGCACCCCAACGUGCUGCACGACUGCCAGCGGUACCGGAGCAACAUUCGGGAGAUCGGAGACUUGUGGGGCCAUCUGCAUGACCGAUAUGGGCAGCUGGUGAAUAUUUACACCAAACUCUUGCUGACCAAGAUCUCCUUCCACCUCAAGCACCCCGAGUUCCCUGCGGGCCUGGAGGUGACAGACGAGGUGUUGGAGAAGGCAGCUGGGACCGACGUCAACAACAUCUUCCAGCUUACCGUGGAGAUGUUCGAUUACAUGGACGGUGAGCUGAAGCUCUCUGAAUCAGUUUUCCGGCAGCUCAACACGGCCAUUGCCGUGUCCCAGAUGUCCUCGGGCCAGUGCCGCCUGGCCCCCCUCAUCCAGGUCAUCCAGGACUGCAGCCACCUCUACCACUACACGGUCAAGCUCAUGUUCAAGCUGCACUCCUGUCUCCCAGCGGACACCCUGCAAGGCCACCGGGACCGGUUCCAUGAGCAGUUUCACAGCCUCAGAAACUUCUUCCGCAGAGCCUCUGACAUGCUCUACUUCAAGCGGCUCAUCCAGAUCCCCCGGCUGCCCGAGGGACCCCCCAACUUCCUGCGGGCCUCGGCGCUGGCCGAGCACAUCAAGCCGGUGGUGGUGAUCCCCGAGGAGGCCCCCGAGGACGAGGAGCCCGAGAGCCUCAUCGAGAUCGGCACGGGGCCGCCUGCCGCGGAACCAGCGGUGGUGGCUGACCUCUUCGAGCAGACAUUUGGACCCCCCAAUGGCUCCAUGAAGGACGACAGGGACCUCCAGAUGGAGACCUUGAAGAGGGAGGUGGAGACGCUCCGCACGGAGCUCGACAAGAUCCAGCUGGAGGCGCAGCGGUACAUGGCGCAGCUGAAGGGCCAGGUGAACGCGCUGGAGGCCGAGCUGGAGGAGCAGCGGAAGCAGAAGCAGAAGGCCCUGGUGGACAACGAGCAGCUGCGCCACGAGGUGGCCCGACUGUGCGCCGCCCAGCUGGAGGGCGAGCGAGACCGGGGGCUGCGAGAGGAGGCGGAGAAGAAGGCCAGCGCCACCGAGGCGCGCUACAACAAGCUGAAGGAAAAGCACAGCGAGCUCAUCAACACGCACGCCGAGCUGCUCCGGAAGAACGCAGACACGGCCAAGCAGCUGACGGUGACACAGCAGAGCCAGGAGGAGGUGGCGCGGGUGAAGGAGCAGCUGGCCUUCCAGGUGGAGCAGGUGAAACGGGAGUCAGAGAUGAAGCUGGAGGAGCAGAGUGACCAGCUGGAGAAGCUCAAGAGGGAGCUGGAGGCCAAGGCGGGAGAGCUGGUGCGGGCGCAGGAGGCCCUGAGCCUCGCGGAGCAGAGCGGGUUGGAGCUGAGCUCGAGGCUGGAUGCGCUGAGUGCGGAGAAGGACACACUGAGCAGCGUCGUGCAGCAGCGGCAGGCUGAGCUGGUGGCGGCCCAGAGCCUGGUGCGGGAGAAGGAGGAGGCGCUGAGCUGGGAGCAGCAGCGCAGCUCCAGGGAGAGGGACGAGCUGCAGGGGCGGCUGGCGGACAAGGAGUCUCAGGAGGAGGGGCUGCAGCGCAGGCUGCUGGAUGAGCAGUUUGCGAUGCUGCGGGGCACCGCCGCCGAGGCCGAGCGCAUCCUGCAGGACGCCGUGGGCAAGCUGGACGACCCCCUGCACCUGCGCUGCACCAGCUCUCCAGACUACCUGGUGAGCAGGGCCCAGGCUGCCCUCGAUGCCGUGAGCGCCCUGGAGAAGGGCCAUGCCCAGUACCUGAUCUCCACGGCAGGCGCCUCUCCAGGAAGCCCCAGCCCCGUUCCAGAGAUCAGCCCUUCGGGCCAGGGGUCACCUAGACCCGGGGGCGGUUCCUGCGAUGCUGCUCUCCGGCUGUGCGGGCUUGCCGGGCAGGAGAGGCACCACCGGGACUUGCUCCAGAGCAGCAGCAUUGAGGGUGGUUGUCCUUCCCGAGCAGACGCCUCUGCCCUUGUGGCAGCCCUGACCCGGUUCUCCCACCUGGCCGCGGACACCAUCGUCCACGGCAGUGCCACCUCCCACCUGGCCCCCACUGACCCUGCUGACCGCCUGAUGGACACCUGCAGGGAGUGUGGAGCCCGGGCUCUGGAGCUCGUGGGGCAGCUGCAGGAUCAGCGAGCUCUGCUGCAGGCCCAGCCCGGCCUGGUGCGGAUCCCCCUGCAGGGCAUCCUUCAGCUGGGCCAGGAGCUGAAGCCCAAGAGCCUGGAUGUGCGUCAGGAGGAGCUUGGGGCCAUGGUGGACAAGGAGAUGGCGGCCACGUCUGCGGCCAUCGAAGAUGCGGUGCGGAGGAUCCAGGACAUGAUGAACCAGGCCCGCCAUGCCAGCUCUGGGGUGAAGCUGGAGGUGAAUGAGAGGAUCCUCAACUCCUGCACAGACCUGAUGAAGGCCAUCCGGCUCCUGGUGACAGCAUCCACGAGCCUGCAGAAGGAGAUCGUGGAGAGCGGCAGGGGGGCAGCCACGCAGCAGGAAUUUUACGCCAAGAAUUCGAGGUGGACGGAAGGCCUCAUCUCCGCCUCCAAGGCCGUGGGCUGGGGAGCCACGCAGCUGGUGGAGUCGGCUGACAAGGUGGUGCUUCACACGGGCAAGUACGAGGAGCUCAUCGUCUGCUCCCACGAGAUCGCGGCCAGCACGGCGCAGCUGGUGGCGGCCUCCAAGGUGAAGGCCGACAAGCACAGCCCACACCUGAGUCGCCUGCAGGAAUGCUCGCGCGCUGUCAACGAGAUGGCCGCCAGCGUGGUAGCCUCCACCAGGUCGGGCCAGGAGCAGAUCGAGGACAGAGACACCAUGGACUUCUCCGGCCUCUCCCUCAUCAAGCUGAAGAAGCAGGAGAUGGAGACCCAGGUGCGGGUCCUGGAGCUGGAGAAGACUCUGGAGGUGGAGCGCGUGCGGCUGGGCGAGCUGCGGAAGCAGCACUACAUGCUGGCCGGGGCCGUGGGGACGCCCGGCGAGGAGGAGCCCGGCCGGCCCAGCGCUGCCCCCCGCGGUGGGACCUCCAAGAAGCCGCCCCUGGCCCAGAAGCCCAGCGUGGCCCCCAGGCAGGACCACCAGCUUGACAAAAAGGAUGGCAGCUACGCGGCUCAACUCGUCAACUACUAGGUUCCCCCCCCCACCCCCCGGAGGGGUCCAGCGGAGAGGCUGACGGCCAGGCCUGGGCCUCGUGGCUGAGGAGCCUCUGAGAAGGCCCAGCCCUCACUGAGCGCAAGGGCUCAGGGCUGACCGGGGCUGACCAGAGCAGUUCUUCCCAGACGAGCGCCUAGUUACCUGCAACAGGAACUUCUCAGAGCAGCCAGGACCCAGCAGGCCUGAGCCACAGCACUUCAGGAAAUACAGAGCAUUUCUAAUA